AUGGAUUCUUUUACGGGCUUCAUCUUCUCGAGUCCAAGCGCCGAGGCACCCUCAAACCCACCAGUGGAUGAGGAACGUGCAUCUUCCAGCAAUACGUUCUGCGUCAUUGCAUGA